CGGAGGUAAACAAAGAACGGAGCCGGGGCCGAGCCCAGCUCGCGUUGGCGACGCCGCCUCCGGACCGAUCGCUGCGCCUGGCCGGGUCGGAAGCGCGGCCUCGGCCACUCACCAAGAUGCGCUUGAAAAGCUGUUAACACGCACGCCCACGACGACUCCGGAGAGGCUGAGAGCAAGCGUCCACCCGGAAGAAGUGAUACCGGAAGUGAAAGUAAUCCCGUGUGUGUCGGGCUGAAAUGUAGCAGGUCACAGAGAGUUCCGGCUACAGUAAGGAAAGCUGUCCUACUUAUAUUUCUUAGAAUCUGGUUUACGUGUGCUGCUCUGGCGCAGGUUUAGUAUCACUUCUGACCUGCCGACUCUUGAGAAUUGUCCUUAGAGUACCGACUAAUCCUGGUCUUGUGGUGCGUGACGGAGAAGACUUGCCGUUCUAAGAUGCUGAGAUGAAUCGUCACCUGUGUGCUUGGCUUUUUAGACUUUCAUCUCGUAAUGGUUACCACCAGUGCCACAUCCACCACCAGUCUCAUCAGUUUACACAGAGACAUUUUGAUACAAAACUGUGGGUUUUUAGACAAAACAGGCAUCCCGUUCUCCAUCAUCUGUUAAAUAAGAAUUGUCCCAGGAGAUAUUGUCAUCAAGACACCAGGAUGCUGUGGAAGCAUAAAGCACUACAGAAAUAUAUGGAGGACCUGAGUAAGGAGCACCGUAUGCUUGAUCAGUGUUUGCAGCGAGUGUCUCUGAAUGAAGGGGACCGAAGAGCCUUGAAUAGAAGGCAUGCCAAGUUGGCACCACUCGCAGCCAUUUACCAAGAAAUUCAGGAGGCUGAGCAAGCAAUUGAAGAAUUAGAUUCAAUGUGUAGAAGUCUAAAUCAACAAGAUGAAAAGCAGUUACAAGAACUUGCAUUGGAAGAGAGACAAACCAUGGCUCAAAAAAUCAGUAUGUUAUACAGUGAGCUUUUCCAGAGUCUAGUGCCAAAGGAGAAAUAUGACAAAAAUGACGUUCUUUUAGAGGUGACAUCUGGAAGAACUACUGGAGGUGAUAUCUGCCAGCAGUUUACCCGGGAAAUAUUUGAUAUGUACCAGAAUUAUUCAAGCUAUAAAAACUGGAAAUUUGAACUUCUGAAUUAUACACCAGCUGAUUACGGUGGGCUACAUCAUGCAGCUGCCCGAAUUUCUGGUGACAGUGUAUAUAAGCAUUUGAAGUAUGAAGGUGGGAUUCACCGAGUUCAGCGAAUCCCCGAGGUGGGCCUGUCAUCAAGAAUGCAGCGUAUUCACACAGGAACCAUGUCAGUCAUUGUCCUUCCUCAACCAGAUGAGGUAGAUGUGAAAAUAGACCCCAAGGAUUUGCGAAUAGAUACAUUUCGAGCCAAAGGAGCAGGAGGUCAGCAUGUUAAUACAACUGAUAGUGCUGUCAGACUCGUCCAUGUCCCCACAGGGCUUGUAGUAGAAUGCCAACAAGAACGAUCACAGAUAAAAAAUAAAGAGAUAGCUUUGCGUGUGUUGAGAGCUAGACUCUACCAGCAGAUUAUUGAGAAAGACAAAUGUCAGCAACAAAGUACUAGAAAACUGCAGGUGGGAACAAGAGCCCAGUCAGAGAGAAUUCGGACAUAUAAUUUCACCCAGGAUAGAGUCACUGACCACAGGAUAGCAUAUGAAGUUCGUGAUAUUAAGGAAUUUUUAUGUGGAGAGAAGCAUCUGGAUCAGCUAAUUCAAAGACUACUUCAUUCAGCAGACGAAGAAGCCAUUACUGAAUUUUUGGAUGAAAACCUUAAAUCAGCAAAAUAAAUGCUGAUUUAUUAUAUAUUCUUCUAUAAAUGAAACAGACCUAUCUCAAGAAGCAGCUGUUCAUAAAGUGCAGCUCAAAUUACACAGUACAUACAAAUAUAUUUUUUAAUGAAUUAAGUCACAUUUCUUGACCUAAGAAUUUAUAAAAUACAGUCCCAACUCUUCAAGCAGAAAACAAGCAUGCAAUGAACAUUGCAAAAAACAAAAAAAUAAGCAUGUAUUUUUGAAAAGAGAAAUAAAGUAUUGGGAAUUGAUUAUGUAAUAUAGGCCACUUGUUCUCUUUAUAUGCCUUUUUUUUUGAGAGAGAGCACGUGCAAGUUGGGGAGAGGGGCAGAGAGAGAGAGGGACAAAGAAUCUCAAACAGGCUCCAUGUUCCACAUGGAGCAUGAACUGGGACUCGAUCUCAUGACCCCGGGAUCAUAACCUGAGCCAAAACUAAGACUUGGACGCUCAACCAGCUGAGCCACCCAGGCACCCCCAAACAUGCCUUUUUUUUAACCAUCUAUAAAUUAAACACAUUUUUCAUUUAUUACUUCAGGAUUUUACCACAUGGUAAAAUUUAGUGAUACAAGAUUUAUAAACUUCUUUGUAAACCCCUAUUUAAAGAAAAAGUAUUAUUAACCAUGUUAAAAUUAGGCUUUAAACUGCCACUUUUAUUUUUUUAUUUUCUCUCUUUAAACUAAUUUUUCUUAGUUUUUUUUUAACAUUGGUUUAUUUUUGAGAGAGAGAGAGAGAGACAGAGUGUGAGCAGGGGAGGGGCAGAGAGAGAGAGGAAGACACAGAAUCCGGAGCAGGCUCCAGGCUCCGAGCUGUCAGCACAAAGCCCAACGCGGGGCUCGAACCCACAAACCACGAGAUCAUGACCUGAGCCAAAGUUGGACACUUAACUGACUGAGCCACCCAGGCGCCCCAACCUGCUACUUUUAAAUAAAAAAUAAAUAUUGUGAAGAAUAUGAGUCAAAAAUAAUGAUUUUAGAGCUCUUUGAGAGCAGAACAAAUUCUCUACUGUAUAAACUACACGCCAAUAUUUAAAGUGAACUCUCUGCUUGGCUUUUAUUUCUUAUUUCACUUUGGCUUAAUUUAUAAGCAUCAACAGAUGUGGUGUAAUGGGUGUAAUUCUCUAUGCCUGGUUUUGUGCAGUGAUACAUAGGAAACCCCGUCCUUACCUUACGGAGCUUCCAGUUGAGUGACAAAGCCAAAAUAUAAACCGUCGACUCUAAUACAAAGUGGCAUGAUAUAUUUAGUAGUUGUGCUCAGGAAGUUUCUUGAGUUCAAAAGAGAAGGGUUAUUAUUGUAGACAUUCCUCAGAGGGAAAGACUAGCUAAAAUAGAGUUUUAAGACCAAUGGAAUUAGGAGGUGAAAUUUUUUUCAGUGAAAUUUUUUUCUCAGUUUUUCAUUUUGAAACUUUUCAAGCACAUGGAAAAGUUUUUAAAAUACUUUUUAAAAAAUAGUGCAACGAACAGUAUGUACUCUAGUGUCCUACUAUUACCCUUUUGCCAUGGUUGUUUUUUUCUCUCUAUAUACACAUAUACAUACCUGUGGUGGUUAUUGGACCAUUUAAAAGUUAGUUGCAGACUCUGUAACACCACGCCAAACUAUCUCAGCUUGUCCUGAGAAUAAGGAAAUUCUCCUACAAAAUCAUAACUCCAUUAUUACACUUAGUUAUGUAAUAAUAAUUAAUAAUGACUGUAUAAUAUAGUUUAAUAUCUAUCACAUGUUAAAAUUUCUUCAAUUAUCCCUAAAAUGUCUUUCUAGCUGUUUUUUGUUAGUUUUGUGCAAUCCAGGAUCCAGUCAAGAUUCACACAUUGUAUUUGGUUGUGUCUCUUUAGUGUUUGGAUUAAUCCCCCAACCUUUUUUCCCACAUGACAUUGACCUUUUAAAGAAUCCCACAAGGUUGUUUUGUAGAAUGACCUACAUCCAGGUUUGUCUGGCUGCUUCCUCGAGCUAUUGGUAACUUUUAUCCAUCCCUUCAGUGUACUAUGAAGUAAUAUUAAGUCUAAAAAUUAAAUUUAGUAAACACA